AUGACGGGUUUAAGUCAAGUGUUUAAUCGACACAUUUCAACGUAUUGGGAAGAACAAGAUGAGAUGGAAGAAUUAAGUUUUUCUACUGAAAUUCCAUCGGAACAUCUUAAAAAAUUGAUGUGGAUUCCAGAUUAUGUGUUAAAAUGCUUUGCGUAUCCCCAAGGAGAAUUGAAAUUACGUGUCAUUCAACUUGUUGACGAUUUUCUACUUCCGAAGACAUUUACAGAACGAACACGCGUGAAUGGUCUUUUGUUUCUUUUUCAUUCUCUUGAUAAUGUUUCAAAAGAAGCUUUACGUCGAUUAUUUCGUGAACGUGCGAAAUGUCAAGAUGCACGUACGAAAUUCGUGACAUUUAAAAUUCAUCAUCGUCGUCAGAAACGUACUGACGGUCACGCAUUGGAUCAAGCGAUACAGAACUUUCACCACGAACUUUCUCCAUUGUUUUCAAAUGUUCCAAAUUUGAAAAAAGUACUAGAAAAACUUGGAAAGUGGAAAGAUCAUAGUGUGUUUAAACAUCUUGGUGCGUUGUGUGAUAAUCAAAAAUCGCAAAAUGCUAUUCGUCUUGCACGAGAUGAACUUGUUCGAUGUGUGGGAUCGAGAACGGCUUUAGGUGAAUUUUUAAAGAAAUUAUGUCGAAAACUUGCGUUAUUGACUGUCAAUCAUGUUUCUAUUGGUUAUCUUUUGGACUUUUUAGCUGGAAAACAUGGUCGAUCGAUGAAAGAGACACGUAGUGCUGUCGAAUUGUUAGUGAUGGUCUCAAACGAUUUGCCGCGACUCUUUGAUCCAUUUAUUCGCGAUCAAGUGACUAAUAUUCUUGUGAAAAACAAGUCUCGUGACGACAAUAACGAGUCAAAUGGUAAAGAUUUCAAUGUGAUACUUGGAGCUUUGGAGAUUCUUGCGAAUUAUGCACAGCAUUGGUCUACUACAAGUGACAUAAAAGACGACAAUAGAAUACCAUCAAAAGUGCUUAUUGAGCGACUUCAGAAGUUUUGUCUUGGCGAUGUAGCUCAGUCUUUAAAUGCUACGAAAACAAGACGAGCAGCAGAGUUGGCGGCAGUGGCACUUACUCAUUUUUACGGCAAAGCAAAACCUACAAUACAAGUGCUUAAAAAGUUAUGCUCGAAAGAAAAAGUUGGAUCUUCAUCGCAAGGUGGAGUGUUAGCAGCAUUGCAAAGUCUGGUCGUUUUUUCGAAACAUUGUAGCUAUCAAUUUAACGAAAAUCCGUCUCUGGUUUCUCAUUUAUGGACGUUAUUGUUUGACGAAUUGAUUAAUAAACGAGAUGAAGCUUUUGAUUCAAUUUCUGAAGGUAGUACACCAAAGAGUAAACGACUUGCUGCAGCAAAGACCACGGAAAUUCGAUGCUUAGGUCUUAAAGUUUUGGUAAAUUUGGCCGUGUAUGUCCCUCAUGAAUCGUCUCAAGAAGCAGCAAAGCUUAUGAAACUUUUGGUUGAAAUAUUGCGCUCGAAUGGAAGUAAAUUUGCAGUCACUAGUGCUCAAACUGCGAUGUUUCGUUUGACAGCAUCGUGUGGUCUAUUAAAAAUGAUGCGAAAUCCACAACUUGAAACUUUGCUCUCUAUCUCGGAAUGGCAUUUACUUGGUCUCAGUAUUCAAGAUUCAAGUGAAGAAGUUCGUCGUCAAUUUUUAAAGAAAUUGACAUCUCACGUCGUGAAACAUUCGGUGCGACAUCCACAUAAAUAUCUCAGUUACUUGGCUUUAGUAGCUACUGAAACAACUUUUAGCUUAAAGAAAGAAGCUCGAAAUAUUCUUAAGAUUGCAGUUGAACGCAUGCGACGGAUGUUUGAUGCAGCAUCUGAAAAUUCGAAUCCCGACCAAGAUCCGAAUUUAAAUGCAGUGAUUGUACCUGAAUAUGCUCUACCUUAUGUGAUUCAUCUACUAGCUCACCAUCCCUCGUUUCCAACUAAUUUGGUCGAAAAAACAUCAUCAGUUUCCAUACUUCAAAGCGCUGAAUGGAGUGAUCAAUUGGCAUAUUUAGAAUUUUUUCUAGAUGGGUUAGUCUCUCCGAAAUCAGCCGCUGACAAUAUUGCGUUUCUACUGCAGAUGUUGACAAAACUCUCGCAAUAUCAUGAUGUGAUUGCACCGAAUGAUCUUGCAAUGUAUCCACUUAUUGACAUGACUGCGAUGUUACUUAAGAAGCGUAUUAAGACUCAAUCCGACUUAAAACCGUUUCCAGGGAAAAUCUUCUUACCAAAGCAUCUCUAUCAAUUCGGUCGAUCGAAUCGAGUUUUCACUUCUGAUGGAAGGAAGGAACCCGAAGCACCAGAUUCACUUUCAAUUCGCAGCUCAAGACUUAACGUACAUCAAAGUGAUUUGUCUCAUUUCUUACGCUCGCUACUGACUUUUGUUUAUUAUUGUUUUCUCCUUAUAGACUUCAUUGUCACCUAUCAAGCCGAUGGAGUUUGGAACACAUUUUCUCAAGCUUCAUUCUCCAAUCGAUAG